ACCUUUCAAAGCCUGAAAAGGUACCUCUCUCUGGCGAAACCUCCCCGUAUAUACGCUGCAGAAGGACAGAUGGAGUCCCAAAACCAAUUAACUCCCACAAGUGAUUGGUAUGUACUUUUCCCUAUAAUACCUGUAUUGCAGCCGGACUUGUCAGAGCUGCACUGUACAGUAGAUAGAGAACAAUCCAAUACGAUGCCAAACAGAUGAUCACAAUAGGCAAAUGCACGCAGCCAUUUGCCUGGGGAUGCUAUUAAGAUAAAACCCCAAAUUCUCUUACCUAUAUAUUUUACAAGAAAAUGUGUCGCAGCCAGAAAAAAGAGAAUCACUAAUCAGUUCUUGGGAGUUACAGGGAGAAGCAGAAAGAAUAAUUUUUUUAGGGUCGGUACAUAAUAUGUCGGGUUUUUUUCUUCAACUGCAAUUUUAAUCUUGGUUUUCAGCCUGGUUAUGCAUGUUCCAUUUUAUGGGAUGAUAAAUGAGCUCGGUUAAGAUAAAUCUUCUAAAUGCAGUUAGUUGUAGUAGUGUCUGAAGUGAGAUUAAUACAAUGUAUGAAUCCAGCGUUAUUUAUAACACUAAUUGAUCCGCGCUAUAGGUACUUUUGAAGUAUUUCGUUUAAGCACAUACCAUCUCAUAGCAAAACAACAAUAGCAAUCGACACUAGCUAUGGAUAAUUCGGCCUUGAGGAUGAUUAGGGUAUCCAUUACCGCAAUCACCGCAAAACAACUUAUGGUCUUGUUCAUUGUGAUCGCAUUUAUAUUUAGUACCGACAUUGCUCACAACAACUCGCAAAUUCAUAGCAAACAAUAAGCCUUCACAGCUAUUUAGUACCAGACUAUUGUCCUGAGUUUGCACACCCAUCUAAAGGUUUAUUGCGAGGGGAAAUUACUCAUGGAUAAUCGGAAAUGGUAGAUCUCCUUUUCCACUGAGCAACAGGAACACGGAGUUCUGGGGAGUUCUAAUGGAGUUUGUAAAUAAUCUAGUAAGUUUUCUAUUAAAAAGAGCACGUAUCAAUUGAGUCACAAACUUACACGACAAAAGUAAUUGUACGGAUCGAACAGAACAAAGGAAUGUACUGCCAGAGUAAUCAAAGAGCCAAACUUGAAACAAUGGUUAGUUUUGGGCUAUUUUCACUGAAUUCUCUGAGAACGAGCGGUUUGUCCUUGCUAAUGAACUGCUAAUGACUUUUCAUGGCAUUGAAGACCUCAAUCUAAAAUCUCUAUACAUGAACGAAUUAACACAUGUCUUUGCAUAAGUACAUGGAUAACUCAAGUCAACACCCUACCCCCAAAAUACUUAUCGUAUGCGUUUUUAUAACACUGUUAAAAGAGUCCUUAAGUGUGAGGUCAUAAAAAAUUAAAUGUGUGAAAUUAUGAGAUUUUUCGGAGUAUUAUAUUAUAAAAGAACAACAUUUCUAAACAUUAUAUGUUUCUGGGAAACUGCCCACCUACCCCUCCCCUAAGCCAACGUUUUGCCAUAAGUGAGAAGUAAGUGUUAAUGUUGGCUUAGGGGAGGGGAAGGUGGUUGUUUUGUGGUGUGAGUAUUAUUCAGUGUGUGUUCAAUUUUUGUAUUACGUCAUUUUUUGAUUGCACCUGUCAGCAAUACCAAGAAAGUCAAACGACCUUUUUUGAAAGAAAAGGUCUUCCCUUCGUAUAUGUUUUCAUUGACAAAUGGUAUCCCUUUUGCAUGCCUAGUUCAGAGCACGGCAUCCUUUUUAACUGCUGCAGGUGCAGUGUCUUAAGAAUAUGAAUAAGUCAUUGAACCAGGAAGUUUUCGUGACUUUUUCGCAGUCAUAAAAUGCAUCUGCCCCUUUUCUUUCUCUUAGCAGUGGAACACCAAAAUAGCGCUAACUCGCUGAAAACGCUUCAAAACGACCCGAGACGCGGGCAGACAACAAAAGAAUACAACAAGGCAAUAAGGUACGUCGAUUUUAUUUAAAAACAUAACAUUUUUUCUCUUUUAAGAAAAACGGUUUACAUCCCAUACAAGCCUUUGUAAAUAACCGUUUGUAACACAACACCGCUUGCAAGCAAGAGUCACGUCCGCGUUCACGUAAUGAGCUUGGGCCGCCUGUGGUCGAAAUUGCUCCCGUGAAUCUUUGAAAACUGCUGUCCAACCUAGGGGGUAGAAACAAGCGACGACAAAUUCUAACAACACUGACCGGAAUCUGUUACCCUGGGUACCAGAGGUUUUUCUCGCGUGCGGCGAAGCCGCGAGAAAAACCUCUGGCACGGAGCGGUGCUUUUUACCGUCCCCAUUGACCUUUGCGCUUUUUUAUCGGAUUACAUUUACGCCAAUCAGAUUGAAAGUCUCCGACUGUGAUCAGGUGGGCCGGCAAGUGAAGAAGUGUCCAAAGACUCACCUUAUCCUUAGCAAAACAAGUUCGAGUUUAAAAUUCAUUUCUUUAAGAGCAAUCAUGACUGGGUCACAAGGCAGUUCUCCAUAGUUGAUGUAGCUUCAGUUUAAGCUGCAAUCCAUUCUUCGAGAUUAGGAUCUGAAAAUCACUAUCCGUGAGAAUUUAACAUCCUGCUAAAAACGCUAACGAGCUGGUCCCAGCGUGACAAAACAUUGCCGGAAACCGUCACUUUCACGGACAAAAAGAAAAUCGCUUAUAAUUAUUCAGAUCCAGAGGGCACUUUGGACAAAUUAAACAACCUAAAACCCUUAUUUAGCCUCACUGAAGAGCUUAACAUUUCAAAAGAGGUCAAAGAAAAUGCUCUUGCAUCAGAGGGCAAAUCAUAUGCCGACCAGACACAAUAACCGCAGAUCAAUCAAUAUGCGUGUCACGACCUCCCAGUAUGAAAUAAUCGGCAACAAUUAAAUUUGCUCAGUCAAAACGUUUUUCUCCAGAGCAUAAUCUACCCAUCACGGAAAAAAUUCAUUGGAACAAGCAGCAUUUUGGCAUGAGGUAAAAGUCGUGUGUUGCCUUCCGACCUUCCUCUUAUACUAAAAAUACAUGUUUUGUUUUUAUAUUCCUAAUCCAUCAAUACAAACUAUUUCAAAACAUGUUGUAAUGUAAUCGCUUGAAAUAGGAAAUUAGUAACAAAAGCUGAAUUGGUGAUAAAAGCUUAAUUGCGUUAAAUAAAAUUAAACACUCCACUUGUUUGCUCAUAGCUUUUAACUUGUCCUUCUAGUACAUUGCUUAUCAUGCUUUUCCAAAACUUUCCAAAGCCAACACACAACGCAACAACACUUCUAAAGUUGGAAAUAUUCUUUCACGUGCUGGUCUAUUCUUGUCAACCAAUUGUAGCGUCUGUUAGAUUCAAAGUCCCUCAGGUGGUCGUUAGUAGCCAAUCAGCCGUCUUGUCCAAAAUCUGGACCAACUGAUUUAACCGUGCUAACGAUUGGAUCGGCGCCAUCAAAGCAAUAGCGCUCUGCUCCAGAGGCUUUUCGCGCGGGUCACUAUAAAGACUUGACAGAAACCGGAAACCGCGCUAGAAAAGUCUCUGGCACCCAGGGUAGGAAUCUGUCGAAUUAUUACUCCNAUGUGCGUGUCACGACCUCCCAGUAUGAAAUAAUCGGCAACAAUUAAAUUUGCUCAGUCAAAACGUUUUUCUCCAGAGCAUAAUCUACCCAUCACGGAAAAAAUUCAUUGGAACAAGCAGCAUUUUGGCAUGAGGUAAAAGUCGUGUGUUGCCUUCCGACCUUCCUCUUAUACUAAAAAUACAUGUUUUGUUUUUAUAUUCCUAAUCCAUCAAUACAAACUAUUUCAAAACAUGUUGUAAUGUAAUCGCUUGAAAUAGGAAAUUAGUAACAAAAGCUGAAUUGGUGAUAAAAGCUUAAUUGCGUUAAAUAAAAUUAAACACUCCACUUGUUUGCUCAUAGCUUUUAACUUGUCCUUCUAGUACAUUGCUUAUCAUGCUUUUCCAAAACUUUCCAAAGCCAACACACAACGCAACAACACUUCUAAAGUUGGAAAUAUUCUUUCACGUGCUGGUCUAUUCUUGUCAACCAAUUGUAGCGUCUGUUAGAUUCAAAGUCCCUCAGGUGGUCGUUAGUAGCCAAUCAGCCGUCUUGUCCAAAAUCUGGACCAACUGAUUUAACCGUGCUAACGAUUGGAUCGGCGCCAUCAAAGCAAUAGCGCUCUGCUCCAGAGGCUUUUCGCGCGGGUCACUAUAAAGACUUGACAGAAACCGGAAACCGCGCUAGAAAAGUCUCUGGCACCCAGGGUAGGAAUCUGUCGAAUUAUUACUCCUGAAAGUUCCAUUUCUCUCUAGACAGAAGUCCUUUGCAGAUUCAAAACAUAUCCUUGCAGAUAUCACAGGUAUGUCAAGCAAUUGAAAUCGAUGUUCAUGGGGCUGUGUCACGGCAGUCCAGUUCAUUUUGUUUAAUUUUGCCAAUUACUCGCCCUCAAUCGCUAUGGAACUUAAAGUAAGCAAAGAAAUUACACGUAAAUGGCAAAAUCAGAGAUCCGAGACAAACAAAUAUGUCUCCUGAGCAUUAUUUUUGAAGUUGCAAGCAGCAGGGAUCAACUUUGAAAAACUGUUAGGCUGAACAGUUUUCAAAAACCCUGAUUUUAAUCAUUUCAAUCUUUUUCAGUUUUGUCCAUCCAUGGCAUCCAUUGCUUCUGUUAUGUUAUUUUAACCUUCCUUUAAAGUUUUAAGCGCUUAUUUUUAUGUUUCUCUUAAUUUAACCGGCAUUUUGUAAUUUCCUACAUGUAAUUUGGUGAAUUUCGUGACACAGCUCCUUUAAUGGCAAUCAUUAGG